GCCUUCCAUCCUAUGGUCGAACCACGCGGUGAUACACGGAAUCCAUCGAGAAAUAGCCCAGAAUUUACUGCAUUUGUUGCUGAUAUUGGGCUUAUGUCCCGGACGGAAUCAUGCCAUCUGCUAAUCCACUACCUCCGAAGGAAAACACUCUGUUUAAGAGAGUUUUAAAAUGCUAUGAGCAGAAACUGUACAAAAAUGGACUGAAGUUUGCCAAGCAGAUUCUGACGAACCCAAAGUUUGCUGAACAUGGAGAAACACAGUCAAUGAAGGGUUUGAUCCUGAACUGUCUGGGCAAGAAGGAGGAAGCAUAUGACCUGGUCAGGAGAGGCUUGCGUAAUGACCUCAAGAGUCAUGUCUGCUGGCACGUGUAUGGACUGCUCCAGAGGUCAGACAGAAAGUACGAUGAAGCCAUCAAAUGCUAUAGGAAUGCUCUCAAAUGGGACAAGGACAACCUGCAGAUUCUACGAGAUCUGUCAUUGCUGCAAAUCCAGAUGCGAGAUCUAGAGGGUUAUCGGGACACAAGGUAUCAGCUGCUCCUCCUCCGACCAGCCCAGCGAGCGUCAUGGAUUGGCUACGCCAUGGCCUACCACCUCCUCAAGGAGUAUGACAUGGCACUCAGGAUACUGGAGGAAUUCAGGAACACGCAACAGCAGGUGAAGCCGUAUGAUUACGAGCACAGCGAGUUUCUGCUGUACCAGAACCAGGUCUUCAGAGAGGCGGGUGAGCAUGAGAAGGCGCUGCAUCACCUGGACAAAUACGAGAACCAGAUCUGCGACCAGAUAUCAAUACUGGAAACAAGAGCGGAGUUACUGUUGCAGCUAGGCCGGGCCUCAGAAGCCAUCACCCUAUAUGAAGAGCUCCUGGACAGGAACCCAGAGAGUUGGAGCUACUACGAAGGGCUGGAGAAGUGUAAGAACCCGGCCAAUGAGGUGGAAAGACUCCAGAUAUAUACCCGGGUUGCUGAUAAGUUCCCCAGGGCUGCAGUGCCCAGACGGAAGCCUCUUAACUUCACAACAGGUGAGAGAUUUGAGAAGCUCUUGGACGACUACCUCCGACGGAUGCUAAGGAAAGGAGUGCCUACCGCCUUUGUCAGCAUCAAGGGCCUGUACAGAGAACCCUGGAAGGUUGAAGUCAUCGAGAGACUUGUCUUGAGCUACUUGGAGUGCCUGCAGAGUAAAUCCAAAUUCAGCAAAGAUGCCACGGAUGGCGAGUUAGAAACUCCCACCGUGCUGCUGUGGACGUUAUACUUCCUGGCCCAGCACUAUGAUCAGCUGCGGAACGUAGAGAAGGCCUUGCAGUAUGUGGACAGGGCCGUGGAGCAUACACCAACACUCAUUGAACUCUUCAUUAUCAAAGCAAAAAUAUUCAAGCAUGCGGGUGACAUCAAGAAGGCAGUGGAAUGCCUAGACGAGGCCCAGUCCCUGGACACGGCCGAUAGGUUCAUCAACUGCAAAUGUGCAAAGUACAUGCUCAGGGCCAACCAGGUCAAGCAGGCCGAGGACAUGUGUGCCAAGUUCACAAGGGAAGGCGUGGCCGCCAUGGAGAACCUAAAUGAGAUGCAGUGCAUGUGGUUCCAGACGGAGUGCGCCCUCAGCUUCCAGCGGCAGGCCAAGUACGGCGAGGCGCUCAAGAAGUGCCACGAGGUGGACAGGCAUUUUACAGAAAUUAUAGAAGACCAGUUUGACUUCCACACAUACUGCAUGCGCAAGAUGACACUGCGGUCGUACGUCAGUCUACUGAGGCUGGAGGACAUCAUCAGGAGUCACAUCUUCUAUUUCAAAGCGGCCAAAAUUGCAAUAGAGGUCUACGUCCACCUCCACGACAAGCCCUUGGAGGACGCUGACAAGCAAGAGGACUUGGACCUGGAGAACCUGAACCCCAAGGAACUCAAGAAGAUCCGCAGCAAGCAGCGGCGAGCCCAGAAGAAAGCCCAGCAGAGGGAGGAGGAGACCAAGGGCAAAGUGGGCGGGGACAACAAGGGGCGGGAAGGGAAGAACAAGCACGAUGCCGACAUGGACGGGCCCAAGGAAGAGGAGCUGGUCCCAGACAAGCUGGCCAGGGUGGGGAGUCCCCUCGAUCAAGCCGUCUACUUCCUGAAGCCCCUUCAAACACUAGCCAAGAACAGAAUACAAACACAUCUUCUAGCUUUUGAAAUAUAUUUAAGAAAAGACAAGUUGCUAUUAAUGUUGCAAGCUGUCAAGAGGGGCCACUCUGUCGACCCAUCCAGUGCUGCGCUCCACGAGUGUCUAAUCAAGCUAGCCACCAAAGUGAAUGAGAGAGGAGAUUUACCAGAGCCUGUGCAGACAGUUCUAUCCAGAGAGUUGGAGCGAUUACUAGGAGGCAAGCAGCUGCAGACAUAUAAUCAAGACUUCAUCGGCGCUCAUCUUCACUCGCUAGAACACCGCACGAUCGGAGCCAAAUGCCUGCUCCACCUGGGUCCAUCCAACCUAGAGAGUGCAGUAUCAUUAGCAACCUACCUUGGUGACGACCUAACAGAUAGAACUUUGCAGAACUGCUCCUAUGUUUUCAUGCUCCUGAAAGACUUCUUCAAGUCGGAUGCUACUGCCUACCGCGCCCAGUGCCACCAACUCUUCCCCUAUGCAACCGUCUUUGCUCCCCCAGCCUCCACAGAGAAGCCGCAGGUGCAGGCCCCCGUGGAGAACUGCGACGGAAAGAGCGUCUCGGAACCGCCCAAGUCGGCGGCGGUGGUGGUAGAGAAUUCACAACACAAGGAGCAGCCGCUGUGCAAUUCCACGCACGUGGAGGCUGAAGCCUGAACCAUCAGUAUCUCUGCACCUGUAUUUCCAAAGGACCCAAUUUCGCAGCUCCACCAAGCACAGCAUUUUCUGCUGACAGGGCCUGGUGCCAGUCUCAUGGAGCUAAGAUUGUGUCAGAAUUACUGAGCUGCGAUUUGAAAUCUCACAUGAGUCCAGGGUUGUGGCUGCAGCCACUCAGUAUAGAUUUGUGUGUAAUUUCAAGCCGCAGCCAAGUAAAUUGGGCAUGGCCUUACAUGCUCUGAAAUCUGCUUAAUCACAGAAAAUAGUUGCUUAGCAGAAACAGGUUACCGUUUGAAAGUUUGUAGUAUGUGUAUUGCUUCUGAUAAGUUCCCACUGGUCAUUGCUUAGCGCAUAAAUUUGCUCAGCAAUAAUAUCUGCUUAGCAGCGCCAUGUUUUACGAGAUGGUCAUUUUGUAUUAUGUACUCUGAAUCCACCUAAUUUAUUUAAACACUCUGAAAUGAAAAGGAGAUGACUAUUUGCCAUAAUGACAGUUGCAUAGCCUCGCUGUGAAGAAUAUUGUCAUUUUGACAGUAAAGAUGGCAUGACAUUUUAUCCAUCCAAGUUGGAACUACCCGUCAUAGCACAAGAACAGUAAUGAUAUUUCCACUGUUGCAUCAUUGUCGGUCUCUCACAUCUUGAGUUUUGGGAUGUCUGGUUUUUAGAAAAUGUUUACAGGGAUUGCCUCGCUUUCAACUCAAAAUGGCCGACUGUUGAACAGGGCUAAUUGGACCAGCCUGAGUUUGUGGAGCUGUAUAACAUGAAACCCUGCUUGGUACCUUGUUUGCCAAACACAGAUCUGAAAUGGCCAAGUCUCAGGCAGGGUACAGCUCUGCCUAAACUAACUGUGGCCAGAUAGCUUGUUGGGGGAACCAAGGAAGGUAAAGCCCAGCCACGGUGACCGUACUUGGGGCUUCAUACAGUUUGACAGUUAAUAAGUACAAAAACUGCACAUUCAGUUUGCAGCCCAUACCAGUAGGGGCAGUCUGGAACAUUCUAGAAGGUUUUUCAUCAGGGAAUAUUGUGAUGUUGGGAAGGGGAACUCACAGCUCAAAACAGUACGUAGGUUUUUGAGUUGUAGGUUGAAAUUUUAACUGUGCACUGGCAGAAUCCUCUGGCCAAUACUGGAUUCAUCCCUUAAAAUGUGAAGUUGGAUGUUGAACGUACACAAGGUUGGAUCUUUGAAAAUGGCUCAGUCUGCUCAGUUUUAUUGAUUUGUAAGAAAAAUCUUCCAUGUUGGAGGAACCGUUGGUAGGGAAUUUUCUAGAUGAACUCUUUUGUUUGAUUUCUGUCUGUUUCCUUAUUUGGUCAAAGUCAGUUGUAUCAACAUGCAGAAAUAUUUCCAAAUUCAAAUUCGGCAUCGAAAAGAUUUCUCUGAGAAACCAUGCUCAAGACAGCUUCCCCCAAUUGCAUUAUAUUAAAGAAAGCCUUAGUUUUACAUGGAACCUGUCAAACGAAUGUUUGAAUGUAAUGGUAAAUAGUGCACACUGUUCUCCAGUAUGCCUUUUGAUUGAUUUCUCGAGUUCUUUAUGUAUGUAUUUCAACGAGUUUAAUCAAAUUAAUAGACUUGGUGGGCAAGGCUUUGUUUCUGUGUUUACUUAAACACUAUGACAAGGUCAACAAUCCAGAUAUUGAAAUUAGUAGCUUGUACUCAUGCCAGUUUUCUGUGUUCCAAACCUAGUUUUAUUUAUUGAAAUUUUUAUCAAGCAAGUCAAUGCCUUUCUUUAAAGUGUUUUCCUUUUUGUUGUAAAUGGAUUCUGGAGUGUGAACUCACCUUGUGUUUUUUUGAAUGGGUGACUCCAACUACCACCGAGUGUUAAACCAUAAGUUGUCUGUGGUCUUAAUGGAGAAAUAAUUAUUCUCGAGUCUGAAAAGAUUUCACAAUAUGAAUGACACUGGUAAUGCUUUUCUCUGCCUGUAAAAAGGCAAAGGUCAAAGGAACAAAUUUUCCUCGUGAAAGGAAUGACGAGUUUGUAUUUCAGAGCCAUUUUUGGGGGAAAAGUUUAUGCAAUGAAUAUAUGUAGUGACGCUGUACAUGUGUCUGCUUUGAUUGACACUAAGGUGUGUCGGCACAUUCCUGUUGAUAUUUUUAUCACUUUUUUUGUUUUGUUUUGUAUCCUCAAGUGAGCAUCCAUUUAUAGCCUUCUUCAGCCCACUCCAGUUCUGGCACUUGAGGGUGAAAAAACAUUCCCUCAAGUAACAUUGUGCAUUUUCUGCUGACAAGAUAUGUAUUUAACAUCCGAAUUUUCAAACAUCUUUAGAUACAUGCAGAAUUCUGGUAUUUGUAGGAAUUGAUGACUGAGUGUUUGGAGGUCUCCUAUAUUGCACUGACAAAAACUGUGAUAAUAUAGACAAAUACGGCAUGUAAUAACUUUGAGAGCCUGUUAAUGUCGCAUACAUUCACUGACCACCAUUGCUUCUGCCCAUUUCCCAGGGUCCUCCAGGUGUUGUCUUAUACCUUGACUCUUUCUUCCAGCAUUUAUGAUAAAUAAGCCUUGUCGAGUUAAAAUUAAAUAAAAUCUGAUACACUGAGUUAUAUUUGAUUGCGCAUAAACACAACAAUUUGAAAUCCCCAGAC